UCUCGGCCGCAGGGCCCCGCCGUCUCCAGCAUGCAGUCCCGGGAAGAAGCGCCGCGCUCUCCCCGCCUCGCCAGUCCCCGCGGCGACAGGCGGCCCAAGAGAAUCUCCACGCCGUCCGUCGCGGCCUUCUUCACCGGCCCCGAGGAGCUCAAGGACUCGUCGCACUCGGCCGCGCUGCUGGCGCAGCUCAAGGCCUUCUACGACGCGCGGCUGCUGUGCGACGUGACCAUCGAGGUGGUGACGCCCGGCAGCGGGCCCGGCACCGGCCGCCUCUUCCCCUGCAACCGCAACGUGCUGGCGGCCGCCUGCCCCUACUUCAAGAGCAUGUUCACGGGCGGCAUGUUCGAGAGCCAGCAGACCAGCAUCACCAUGCACGACGUGGACGCUGAGUCCUUCGAGGUGCUGGUGGACUACUGCUACACGGGGCGCGUGGCCCUGAGCGAGGCCAACGUGCAGCGCCUGUACGCGGCCUCCGACAUGCUGCAGCUCGAGUACGUGCGCGAAGCCUGCGCCUCCUUCCUGGCCCGUCGCCUCGACCUGUCCAACUGCACCGCCAUCCUCAAGUUUGCUGAUGCUUUUGACCAUCACAAGCUGCGCUCGCAAGCCCAGGCCUUCAUUGCACACAACUUCAAGCAGCUCAGCCGGAUGGGAUCGAUCCGGGAGGAGAGUCUGGCUGAUCUGACUCUGGCCCAGAUGCUCACCGUCCUGCGCCUAGACGGCCUGGAUAUUGAGAGUGAACGGACAGUGUGCCAUGUGGCGGUGCAGUGGUUAGAGGCCGCCCCGAAGGAGCGAGGGCCCAACGCUGCAGAAGUCUUCAAGUGUGUCCGCUGGGCUCACUUCACUGACCAAGAUCGCGAUUAUCUGGAAGGACUGUUGACCAAUACCACUGUGAAGAAGUACUGCUCAGAGCUCAUUGAAAGCGCCCUGCAGAUGCGCUAUGGGGAUAUGUUAUUCAAGGCUGUGGUGCCCAAGCCUGAGACCACCAGCAGCAGUAGCAACAGCGGCAGCAGCAGCAGCUCUGUUGUAUCUGCUGUGGAAAACACACCCCAGAGACUGGGGGUGUGUGCCAAGGAGAUGGUGAUCUUCUUUGGACAUCCCAGAGAUCCCUUUCUCUGCUAUGACCCUUACUCAGGGGACAUUUACACAAUGCCCUCACCUUUGACCACCUUCGCCCACACUAAAACUAUCACUUCCUCAGCUGUCUGUGUAUCUCCAGAUCAUGACAUCUAUCUUGCAGCUCAGCCCAGGAAGGAUCUGUGGGUGUAUAAGCCAGCCCAGAACAGUUGGCAACAGUUGGCUGACCGCUUGCUCUGCCGUGAAGGCAUGGAUGUGGCCUACCUUAAUGGCUACAUUUACAUUUUGGGUGGACGAGACCCCAUUACUGGAGUUAAGCUGAAGGAAGUGGAAUGUUAUAGUGUUCAGAGGAACCAGUGGGCAUUGGUUGCACCUGUACCUCAUUCUUUCUAUUCCUUUGAGCUAAUAGUGGUUCAGAAUUAUCUUUAUGCUGUGAACAGUAAGCGUAUGCUUUGCUAUGAUCCUAGCCAUAAUAUGUGGCUCAACUGUGCUUCUCUUAAACGGAGUGACUUUCAGGAAGCCUGUGUCUUCAAUGACGAGAUCUACUGUAUCUGUGACAUCCCUGUCAUGAAGGUCUACAAUCCAGCCAGGGGAGAAUGGAGGCAGAUUAGUAAUAUUCCCUUGGAUUCAGAGACCCACAACUACCAGAUUGUUAAUCAUGGCCAAAAGUUGCUGCUGAUCACUUCUACCACUCCACAAUGGAAAAAAAACCGGGUUACGGUUUAUGAAUAUGAUACUCGGGAAGACCAAUGGAUUAAUAUUGGUACAAUGUUAGGGCUUUUGCAGUUUGAUUCUGGCUUUAUUUGCCUCUGUGCUCGUGUAUAUCCUUCCUGCCUUGAACCUGGCCAAAGUUUCAUCACUGAGGAAGAUGAUGCCCGGAGUGAAUCUAGUACUGAAUGGGAUUUAAAUGGAUUCAGUGAACUAGACUCUGAAUCAGGAAGUUCAAGUUCAUUUUCUGAUGAUGAGGUCUGGGUGCAGGUUGCACCUCAGCGAAAUGCGCAGGAUCAGCAGGGUUCUUUAUAAAUAUUUUGAAAUACUAAGAUGUUACUACUGUUAUGGAAUAUAUCUUUUAAAAAUAUCUUCCUUUUCAUGAAAAGAAGUAGAUUAGAAACACACAUUUGGUUUUCAAAGGGUAGAAAAUAAUUACUAAUGUAAUAAAGUCCACAAAAUCAACCUGUUAAUGUACUAAAAGUUGGAGUUAAAUUACACAACAUGAGCUCUAUAAUUUGUUAGAAUGCUUGGUCA